CCCAGAUUAGACCCUUCCGUUAUUUCUCUCAUCUUUUGAUAGAAUUGUGUAAUGCGGCUCAAUUAUGUACUGGUGCUAAUAUAAGGGCAAGAUGGUAAUCUAUAUAUUUAACCCCUUUGUCGUCCUCAGCAUGGACGAAAUACGUUCUACCGACCACCGGCCAUUGCGACGCCUAAAUGAAUCGUCACAAUGACAUCCAUGGAAGCAGAGAGUGCCGCGACUAUUCUAUGUACCUCUACGCAGACUCGCUUCAAUAUCGGAACUCCUAACUCUCGCGAGUUAGAUAUUGAAGGUCUCAACAUCACUGUUACGUCGGGAUCCAAACCCGGUGCUAAAGGGAAAAACAAGGCAAAGAGCGAAGGCACCGAGAUCCUCAACAAUGCCAAAUUGCGACUGAAGGCCGGUCAGCGUUAUGCCUUGCUCGGGCGUAAUGGGACCGGAAAAUCAACCCUACUAAAAGCCGUGGCUGAGAAACUCAUACCGGGGAUACCCGAGGAAACCAGAGUGGUCAUUCUACAGCAAACUGAUGUUGAAGAUUCUAACACUGAUGAGAGACCAUCCUCGUAUACUACUGAUAAUAGUGGACCGACAGUUUUAGAGGAGGUUAUUGAAAGGACCACAGCAAAAUAUGAAAUCCAAAGGGAGAUCGAAGUCUUAUCAAGGGGGGUUGACGGUAGUGAUUCCUUUGGCGCCCUCAGAUCCUUCAGGAAAAUUCACCACGAUCGCCUCCAGAAGGAGUUAUUCUUAAAAGACAAGGAUGCGAGACUUCGUAGUGGCGCUAGAGGCAUGCAGGCUAGAAAGGUUCUUAUUGCGAUGGAGAAGAAGGUUGCUGAAUUUCAGACACAGUACGAACAGAAGGAGGAAGACAUCUCGCCCGAAACGCUAGCAAAAGAGACGAGCGAGGCCGUAGAUAUGCUUUCUGAGCUUCAACUCCAAGUCAAACCGUCAAAAUUGGCGGAUGUUGAAUCUAAAGCAAAAAAGAUACUUACAGGUCUUGGCUUCGUAGAAUCGCGUAUGGUGCAAACCGUGUCGAGCCUUUCAGGGGGUUGGAGGAUGAGAACAGCUUUGGCGACCGUUUUGUUACAGGAAACGGAUAUACUUAUCCUUGACGAACCGACCAAUUUCCUUGACCUUCUCGGAAUUAUCUGGCUUCAGCGCCAUCUCUCAACUAUCGCCGAGUCUGCAGAUCCUCCGACAUUGAUUCUUGUGUCUCACGACCGUGACUUCAUCUCGCUCUGCACAGAUUUACUAAUAAUUAAGGAUAAGGAGCUGACAUACUUCCACGGCGACCUUCCGAUGUACGAGUCAUCGCGGGCCGAGAAGAAGGCUUAUCUCACGAAGAUGGAGGAGGCGAAGGAUAAGCAGAAAGAGCAUAUUCAGCAGACCAUUCAACGCAAUAUACGUGAGGGUAAAGCGAAAGACGACCAGAACAAGAUUCGGCAAGCCAAAUCACGGCAGAAGAAACUCGACGAUCGAUGGGGUAUGGAAGUCAGUGCAAAAGGCGGUCGGUUCAAACUCAAUAGAGAUUUGCCUGGAUACCAUUACACUAGCCGUGACGACAUUGAAAUCCCUCAAGAGGAGAAGCCCGUCAGUCUCUCGCUACCGGACCCACCCGAGCUGCGAUUUCCAGGGUCUCUAAUUUCGUUAGAGAAGGUCUCGUUCCGGUAUCCAAAGGACCCUAAGACGAAGACAGUAUUACAAGAUGUGAACUUAUCCAUCGGUAUGGGCGACCGUAUAGGUAUAUUGGGUUUAAACGGAAGUGGCAAGUCGACGUUAAUCAAGUUGCUCGUUGAAGAAAUGAGACCAACGACGGGUAUACUCACAAAACACUCUCGUCUGAAGUUAGGCUACUAUGCGCAGCACGCUGUCGAAGAGCUUCAGAAAAUCGGGCGCGCAGACCCGGACCUCACAGCUUUAAAUCUGCUUAUGAGAGAAGCUGAGGGUGAGUUAGAUGAGGGAGAAGUACGGCGCCUAUUGGGCUCCCUUGGCCUGCCUGGACGGCUUGCUUCUGAUGUGCCAGUUCGUCGGUUAUCAGGUGGGCAGCUUGUGAGGUUAGAGGUGGCUCGUAUCUUAUGGCGGCGCCCACAUUGUCUAAUACUGGAUGAAGUGACCACGCAUCUCGACUAUGAGACCGUAAGCGCAUUUCGAGAAGCUUUGCGUGAAUGGAAAGGUGCCGUAGUGUUGGUAAGCCACGACCGGUGGUUCAUGCGUGGAGUAGUGGAGGGAUUGGGCGAAGACGAAGACGAAGCAAGUGAUGAGGAAGAGGUAGACAGGGGCGGUACGACGAAGUUAACGAGGAGGCUAGUGUAUAGGCUUAGAGCUGGGCAGAUGAAUGUCCUGGAAGGGGGUGUGCAUGGGUUUGAAGAUAGUAUGGAGAAGAGAGUGAGGAAGAUGGAGAAUUUCUCCCAUACAUAACGGUCGUGUUAGGUGAGGAGUCUUGUGAUGAUUUGGGGGCCGGUUCGGUAACACUAUUGAAAUAUAUGCCCCUGUUUCAACAUUGUGUCGAGGGAGCGGAAGAUAACCGCGGUCGGUAUAUCUUAGACCGCACAUAGUAAAUACGGCGAUGCGCAUGUAUGGAUUAUAAUAACACCUAUAUAGUGUCCUAGAGAUACGGCGUAUGAGCGAUAGGAACCCUAAAGUCGAGGCAAAUAGAUUACAUAAUCAUGUUCAUAAGAAAGGGGAAGUGGCCGAUACCCACCAAACACAAAGCCAUAUCGAAUUUAGAUAGUAGACCACCCCGAUCCGAGCCACCGAGUGGCGGCUGAUUUCCA